AUGUAUCUGACAGACUACGUUUUUGACGGAUUGGUUCCAAUGGCGUUCGGCCAAGGAAACACAGUGUUGCAAUACGCACUUCGGGGUUCCGAUUUGUACAGCGCCAAAAUUGGAGAUUCAGCAACGAUCGAGGCAGAAGUGAAAGCGUCGAGACUGCUUCAUGAGGGACAGCACUGCCCGUCUGUAAUGCCAGUCUUUGACAGUGUCAAAAUCGAUGAAAAUCGCGUUGCCAUGAUAUCGCCUUUCUAUCCAAUUCCCGUGUCUCACACCACAACCGUGAACAAUGCCACAAUCGUCAACGUGGCGCUUUGUGGGCUUGCUACGGUCAAGGCAUUUUCCAACAAAAAGAUGUGUCACGGCGAUCUGAAACCCUCCAACAUGAUGUUCCAGGCGGGAAACCGGAUAGUGGUUUCCGUAGACUUUGGAUCCUGUGUCGCAUAUGGGAACACACUUGCAGCGACAUCGCCUGCGUUCGGGAUGGACUGCGAGACCGAGGCUUCACUUUGCUACGAUUUGACGUGUCUCGCAGCAUCCAUCAUGUUUCUUUCGGGGGUCCAAUUGACCGAUAUCGAGAGGAUGCUCGUUCCCUAUUGGCACUGCGGACUGGGCUGCACUUUUCCAUUGCUACACUUUGUCUCGAUGAAAGUAUUGUCCAAGUGGAUGAGAUAUGGGCAAAGUGCAAAUUGUUGGUCGAAGUUAGCCUUCCAAAUGCCAACUGGGUUUUUGACCUGGAUGGGGUGUGGCCGAAGAAGAAGAAAUGAGACCAAAUUUCAGGGCAAGCACAAGGAAGACCCCAAUCCUCUGAAAAUGGCUAAACACUGA